UGUACCUGAGCUAGCAGCUCUUCCACCCUCUCUUCUUUCCCCACCCUCGACCUGCCCAGCUUGUCCCCCAUCCCUGCUCCUGGCACCAUGCCCAUAGCCACCAACCUUCCCUCCCCCAACUCUGCGGCUGCCCCAGGGUUCCUGUGCUCUGGCCGCUCCUCCUGGGUGUCACCACCAGCAGCCUCGUCCUUCCUAGAGAGACUGGCACCAAAUUUCCCUGAGGCUGGAGGAGGGCGGGGGACCUCAGGGCGACAUUGGCCCCACAGUGGUGGUGGUGGGGGGGUGCCUUUAGCUUGCUUUCCUCCUCCCUUUUUAUUCUCAAGUUCCUUUUUAUUUCUCCCUUGCGUAACGUCCUUCCUCCAUUCUGCACCAUUGCCUGCACCCCUAUCUCCCCACCACCUCCCUACCACUGAGGCCACAGCUGCUGGCAGAAUUCCCCGCUCAUGACAGUCUCAUCUCCUUUCUUGCUAGCCCCCAAAGCGCCCCCGGGUGACAUGGGGGGCCCGGUCCGAGAGCCGGCACUCUCAGUUGCUCUCUGGUUGAGUUGGGGGGCAGCUCUGGGGGCUGUGGCGUGUGCCAUGGCUCUGCUGACCCAACAAACAGAACUGCAAAGCCUAAGGAGAGAGGUGAGCCGGCUGCAGAGGACUGGAGGGCCCUCCCAGGAGGGGGAAGGGUAUCCCUGGCAGAGCCUCCAGGAACAGGGGCAGAGUCCUGAUGCCCCAGAAGCCUGGGAGAAUGGAGAGAGACCUCGGAGAAGGAGAGCAGCACUCACCCCUAAACAGAAGAAGAAGCGCUCGGUCCUGCACCUUGUUCCCAUUAACAGCACCUCCAAGGAGGACGCUGAUGUGACAGAGGUGAUGUGGCAGCCAGCUCUGAGGCGUGGGAAAGGCCUGGAAGCCCAAGGAUACGUUGUUCGGGUCUGGGACACUGGUGUUUACCUGCUGUACAGUCAGGUCCUGUUUCAUGAUGUGACUUUCACCAUGGGUCAGGUGGUGUCUCGGGAGGGCCAGGGAGGACAGGAAACUCUAUUCCGAUGUAUACGGAGCAUGCCUUCCAACCCGGACCGGGCUUACAAUAGCUGCUACAGCGCAGGUGUCUUCCAUUUACACCAAGGAGAUAUUCUGAGUGUUGUAAUUCCCCGAGCAAGGGCAAAACUUAGCCUUUCUCCACAUGGAACGUUCCUGGGAUUUGUGAAACUGUGAUUGUAUUAUAAUAAAAGGUCGUUCUGAGCUUGAAAACCGAGAGUGGGUACUAUCAGAGACAGCUAAGAGCUGACUAGACAAAGGACAGAGAACAGACAGGACAGAGGCCUCUUCCUGGGUUUGACUUGGAGACUCCUGUUCCUCCUCUCUGUCCACCCCCAUAUCCUAUACUUCAAUUUCAUGGAUAUUAAAGAGGUAGAGUAUCUUACUUUUAUCCUCCA